AUGGAUCGAGAACUCGAAAUUAUAUCCCCGUUUUCAUUUCUUUUUCUUUCUUUUUUUAUUUUUUUUUUUGCUUUUCUUUUUCAUUUCUUUCUUUUAUUUUCUUUUCUUUUCUUUUCUUUACGUUUAUCUGCUGCCAUCUUUCUUUCUUUCUUUCUUUCUUUCUUUCUUUCUUUCUUUCUUUGCACAUUUAAAACUUCCUGUACAAAUUAUAUCCCCGUUUGCAUUUCUUUCUUUCUUUUUUCUUUCUUUCUUUUCUUUCUUUCUUUCUUUCUUUCUUUUACGUUUAUCUGCUGCCAUCUUUCUUUCUUUCUUUCUUUCUUUUACGUUUAUCUGCUGCCAUCUUUCUUUCUUUCUUUCUUUCUUUCUUUCUUUCGGUUUUUCACGCCUUUCUGUUCUUUCUUUCUUUUAUUUCCGGCAUUUCUUCACCCUUUUGUGCAAAUGUCUCACAAAUGGUGUUCUAUCUAUCUAUCUAUCUAUCUAUCUAUCUCUCUAUCUAUCUAUCUAUCUAUCUAUCUAUCUAACCCUGUUACUAUCUAUCUAUCUAUCUAUCUAUUUACUCUUUUUCUCAUCAUCACAAUUUAA